GCCAUUGAAGGUUAAACUACGUCGUGGGCGUAGCGACUUCUUGUAAUGGCGACCGUGCCGUAGAUGUGACUAGGUUUGUGAAAAUGAAGCGAAGAAGAACUUAUUUCUUUUAAGCAAAACGCCGAGGUUCCCCGCAGGUGAACUGAGUCUAUAACCAUAGUCUCUGUAAGUCGUUAACUUCGCAGUGCUUUUGAACGUUUGUUUUGCCGAAAUGAUGAAGAUCAAAUCAAACCAAACCCGGACGUACGACGGGGAUGGCUACAAGAAGCGGGCGGCCUGUCUGUGCUUCAGGAGCGAAAGCGAAGAAGAGGUGCUGCUGGUGAGCAGUAGUCGACAUCCUGACAAGUGGAUAGUCCCUGGAGGGGGGAUGGAACCAGAGGAAGAGCCCAAUGUUGCUGCAGCUCGUGAAGUCUGUGAAGAGGCUGGUGUGAAGGGAACCUUAGGUCGAUUAGUCGGGGUAUUUGAGAACCAGGAGAGGAAACACAGAACCUACGUCUACGUCCUUAUCGUCACAGAGGUCCUGGAGGACUGGGAGGACUCAGUCAACAUUGGGAGAAAAAGGGAAUGGUUUAAAAUAAACGAUGCCAUACAAGUGUUGCGGUGUCACAAGCCCGUGCAGGCCACCUACUUCGAGGCUCACCAGGAGAGUUGCCUGACCAGUAACGGAACACCUUUGGUGACCACGAUAGGCGGGGAACUCUCCCCUACCUACAGCAUCAAUCAGAGUUCCAUUUCGGGUAUUAGAUAACUAUAACCGCAUCUGUGGCACCUCCCAUGGAGCUUUUGAGCAUUGGCCACCAUUUUUCUAUUAUUUUUCUUUUCUUUUUUUCUCUUCUAUCUCAAAAACAUGGUUUGCCUUGCCAACUCUUUUGUGCCAGAACUGUGGCACAGACUUGAUGACGAGUGUCGGUCGACUAGUCUGAAACAUUUUGUAAAUGUCGUAUUUUUUGACCCUUUUUUUUGUCCUUUCUUUUUACUGACAACCGCAUGAAAUGUCUCUUUACUACCUUCAACGUCUUUCCUUCAAGCACCCUUAGCGUGGUGUUCAUUGAAUGCAAGAAGUACUUUUUACUGUUGUAAUGUAAAAGUGUAAACCUAGUACGUAAACUGAAGGCUUUGGUGGUCUUUUUCAUCUGUCUACCCUUUUUUUUUUUUUUGUGAACAGAUGUGCCCAUUAGUGUAAGUUCCUCCCACACUGUAAGGAAUCACGCCUGUACGUGAAGAAUAAGAAUUUUGGAAUUUGCAUGAGCAGCACUGUUAUGUUGGUGUGAUACUCGCUUGAGUUAACCAUUGCUUUAAAGUUAUUUCGAUAUUUGGAUAUGGUCUUUGUUUGCUCCUCAAUGUACUUGUUGAAACUCAUAUCAGAGAGAUACAGCCCCCCGCAGAUGGAUUUUCUAUUUUUCGGCAUCAAGUGUCUAGUCAAGCACUACCGGAAUCAUCUAUACUGUACAGAUAUUUGAACGACUGUCAAUAUACGACGACAACAAAUAUGACUUUACCUCUCUUGAAUUCCUUAAGUUGUACAUUCUUAGAGAAAAAGAAACUCCUUUCAUGACUGACUACAAUCUUCCUCUGCACAGUGAGAUGGAAGAUAUUUUCAAAAUCUUGUAAUUAAAAAAGAAAAAGCAGCACAUAUCACUUCAGUUUAUCUCCUCACAUUCAGUUCGGUAAGCAUUUGCUUACAUGUGUUCGUAGUACAGGUUACUUUAGUGGGCACUUCUCUUUGUGGUUGUAUGUGUGUGUUUGUGUUUAACCUUCUCUCUAAGUAUUUAAUCUGCAUCUCCUAAAACACAACACCUGCUUGACUUCCAGAGUAACUGAAGCUGUAAUGUCUUGGGCAGGAUGCAGUACAAGCCUUGUACAGUCUGAGACCUUGUUUUUAACAUGUAAAAUGCUCUUUUGUUCUUUUUGUUCUCUCAAAGUUUGGCAAAAAGUCUCUUCAGCCGAGCUGCGUUGCUCAGCCCCUAUGGCAGGAGGCAGCCGGCUCAAUACUGUGAAACUGGAGGCGCUGUAGAUAGCACACGAGAGGUUUUUAUUGUAAAUUGUUUAUUUCUGUAUAGAUCAAAUGUCCGACAACAAACAUCUUACACCUUGGUGAGUGCGACCCGUCAGAGCAGCUGGGAAAAGUGCUUUUGUUGAUUUGGAACAGUUCAGACGUCUCUACCACAUGCUUGAAAACAAAGGAAUGUAGAGAAGUGGGCGUCGGCAUUGACCUCACUUCCAAUCCAUUAUUUUCAACGAUACGUCAUCCCCUUUAAUUCCUUAUUCAACCGAAUAUUUGAAACUGAAAACUUUUCUCACCCUUUCCCUUUGGCCAUGCUAUAAAAGGCAAGGUUCAUUCUAACUAUAAGAUUAAAAAAAAAAAAACUUUCAUCAGUUUCUAUGCACUUAAGAGUUUUUGUACUUUAUUUAAAAAAAGCCAUUCAAAAACAAGGUUCUUUUACUUAACUUUACCAAUUUUGUGACGGAAAGUCAUUUUGAAGUUUACACUCAGCUCUUCAUAGUUCCAGCUCAUAUUGGCCAACUUAUAUUUUCUUAAAUCCAAAUUCAAUAAUUCAGCACCAUGAGAAAUCUUUGGUGUUAUAACACUAAAAACUAAAGUAAACUAGACCCAACUACCAUUUUUCUCCCACUUUUUAAUCCUCAGAGCUUUAAACUACACAAGUCUGUGUCAAAGGUUGGCAGUAACAGAAGUUUAAAGUCUGUUUUAAGUAAUUUUUUAAAACUCUGGACUGGCUUUAGUGCUGCGUAUCUGAGGUGUGACGGCCAAAGUCUUGCUUUACAAUGUCUUACCUGGAACUUCCUGUAAGAUUCUUAGUUACCAGCAUCUAGUUUUCAUCUAAAUGUGCAAUUGUAUCAAGUGGGAAAGCUGAGGUUAAAGAAACUGUAAUCCCUGGUGUCAAAAUGCAUGUGAGAAGCAUUUUCAUUAAGUCAAGGCCAUUUGUUCUAUAAUCCAUAAGAUCACCAUGAACUGUAGACUGUUGAAGACCAGCUAAUUUCUUAUAUAUAUCUAAUCACCUUAAAGUCAAACGUCACACUAAAGAUUUGGUCAAUAAGGUUGUGGAUUUGUGUUUAACAAAAUACAAUAUAAAAAAUGUGUGACACUAAGUUCAGUGAUAAAUUGAAAUUGUUAGCUAUUAAAUUCUCCAAUAUCAAAGAGUUACGGGUUUGGCCAAUUUCUGGCUCCAUCUAGUGGUAAAAGCAAAGAAAUAUAUCAGUAAACAGCUUAAAAACGGAAGACUAAAACAUCUACACCAUCUUUAUCUUUUCAAUAUAAACAGAAUGUCCCAAACUGAUAAAGACGUGCACUUGAAAUCAUCGACUCGGCCUGGAAAUUAUUCAUAACUGUGUUCUGAGAUUUGUCACUGGAAUUAUUUUUCCUCUUGUCAUUUAGGACUGUUGAAUAAAACCAGUGUGAGAAGACUGAAGAUUGUAAUAUAAAUGUGCCAACAAAUAAACACCAGUAUUUCACAUUCACAACAGUGUAUGUUUGUCUGUAAAAGUACUGUCAAUUACUUAAAUGGAAAAUUACCAGUAUUUUUAGUUACUGAUCAUAUGAAACGCCAAUAUUGCUAAGUUCUUUCAGUUUUGGGUUUACCAACUGCAUCAUGUUAAGCACAUUUUUAACAGGUUACUGAUGCUGUAUUUUACAGAGAUAAAUCUAAACUAAACUACUGUGGUGUAAUCAAUCAGAAGAACCCCAGAUUUUUGAGUUGUGUUUUGAUUUUUCUUUAUUGUACAUAAACAAAGUGAAAUUUACUGAGGCGGCUGUCCUCUGCCACGGCCAAAUCCACCCCU